UUUUUUCGUCAUUAACCCUUAUAACCAGCAUGGGAAUAUAGUGCGCUACGAUGGAACUAAAACCACGUCAACAUCAAUAAUACUCUUCAUUUUGAUUUAAAUGCAUAUCUCACUCCCAUCAUUAUCUCAACAUGUGUCGUACUUCAUGAGCUCUCUCUAGCCUUUUUUUAAUUUGUAUUUUCUCAUUCUUAGGAUCGUUACUAUAAGUUUUGUGGACUUACAAACUGAUUGAUAGGAAAGGGCCUACAGAGAUGUGGCUAAUCGACAGCAGCAACAACAUGACAAACUUGGAGCAUUUCACGGGGUGUGAGAAUGACUGUUCAUGUGACCUCUUCCUUGGAUGGAAACCCAUAUUUAUUUAAGGUGGUGUGAUUGCGGAGGGAAAAUUAGAAAGGAUUCAAAGUUCUCUAUCGGUAUGGAUACCCUUUGCCGCGAUUUUACCGAGGAGCUACUCACCACAUGACUGGCAAUAUUGAUUACUUGAGAAAUGGAGUAAAGCAAUUAAGAAACACGAUUACAUUGGGAGAUUAAUUCACAAUUAAAUGUUGAAGGAAUUGGAAAUGCUCCUCUAAAUGUUCCCACCCAAGUGAGUAUAUUUCACUUAUAAUCUCAUCUGUAUAGAUAGAGCUAGUGAUGGAAGAUUCAACAUGCGAGUGUGAUAAUAUACUUGAUCUUUGUACAGCAGUGGAAAAGUUGCACAGCCAUAGUUCACAGGAGAUGAACAAAUUGUUGGAGAAUUCUGAUAAUUUGAUACUAUGUUUAACUACUCAAAAAGGCUAUUCAAUGAAGGUUGAUAUAGAAAAAGUAGCUUGGCACCUGCCUUUGCACCUUUUGGCUGUUCUUGUGUCUUCCAAUGGUGCUGAGAUACACCUCCAAUACUUGCUAUGUGGUGUUCGACUUUUACAUUCUCUCAGUGAUCUUGCUUCUCAGCAUGUCAAACUUGAACAGAUAUUAUUGGAGGAAUUAAGAUUGACAGAGCAGAUAAUUGACUUGGUCUUCUUUAUGCUUGUAGUUCUUGCACACUUUGAUCAGGAAUGUUGCUUUGAGAAUUUCAUGGCACUUUACCAUGCAACAUUGGUUGCUUGUAGCCUUCAUCUUUUGACAGCAUUUGUUUCUCCUGAAUGGCAAGAUGUUGUACAAGUUUUGCUAGCACAUCCAAAGGUUGAUGUAUUCAUGGAUGCUGCGUUUGAUUCAGUAAGAAAAGACAUUGGAUUUCUUGAACUGGAGCUUCAUGCUUUGAGUUCCAAACAGCUGAACAAAAAAUCAACGAUUCCUGCUGUUGAAAUUACAGUUUGUACAACUGCACAGCAAUGUGAAGCCUCAAUUCAAACACUCCAUUCUCUCUGCCUGCAGAAGUCGUUUAGAGAACGACUUCUUCAAAAUAGGGAACUCUGUGAGAAUGGUGGUGUACUUUCCUUAGCGGUAUCAGUACUGAAAUUGAAAGUACCAUUGAAUUUUACAGAUGCAAAGUAUGUUGUUGCUUCAGUUUCUCGUUUAAAAUCCAAAGUUCUAUCAAUGUUGCUCCAACUGUGUGAGUCAGAAAAUUGCUCAUAUUUGGAUAAGGUUGCUAAUUCUCCAAGGAGUAUGCACUUGGCAGUCUCAGUGGUGUCUGAGGUCCUUGAUUUGUUAAAAAUUACCUUGCAAAAAGAACCAAAACCACCUGAGGUUUAUACAGACAAUGAUAGCCCUAAGGGUUACAUUCUCCUGAAUUCAAUGCGACUUGUUGAUAAUUUGUCAAAUGACACAAACUUCCGCUCUUUGAUCAUUAAUAAUAUUACUGGAGACCUACUUCAAGUAUUGGCAUUACCUCCAGAAGAGUUUUUGUCGUGUUGGUGUGGGAUAAACUUGCCAGAAUCAGAGGAAGAUGCUUUUCUUAUGUAUGAUCCUUUCCAUGCUGCUGGGGCAGUUAUUGUAUCAUCCACAAGUGUAGGGCCCUGUUCUCUUUCAACUUCAGUACCUCAGGCAGCACAACCAAAUAGGGCAAUCAGUGGGUGUGUUUUGAGAUUGAAUUGCAUCCCUCCUGCUGCUCACGCUCAACAAAAGACAACAUCAUUGGUGAACAUACUUGCAAAUCUACAUUGUUAUGUGCCAGGCGUUUGUAAAGCAGAAAUGAAAAAUCAAUUCUUCAAUAGGUUUCUUGAUUGCUUGGCUAUGCAGCAUCUUAAUCAAUCUAGUGAAUAUUUUUGUGGCUCCGAAGCACAGACAACUGUUCAAAUAUGCAAAAAUCUCUGCACCUUGCGGGACCAUGCAAUGCUAUUAAUCCCUAAUUUACAUUUGGAAGAUUUGCAAGUUCUUAGUGAGUUUCUUGAACAAUUGCAUACCACAAUCUGUCCGGAACAAUCAAUUCCUCAGGAGCCUCAUUACUGUAGCAAGAAUAUUAUCUAUCCUAAAUUUGGUGAGGAGCAAAUUCAAGAUGGAAUUUCAGCAGCUUGCACGCCAGGCAGGAGAAAACAAGAACCAACCAUAAUCCAGGAAAAUAUUGGUUUAUGUCUUGGUAGAUUAACUGAAGAAAAAGAGUAUACAGAUGAUGUGGAAAAGAUCUCUGCGGUGGUGGACUCUCUGGAAGGCAAUGAGUCAAAGGGUUUCAGUGAUAAAUUUGUGUCUAGUAUGUGGUGUGUUGCACGCACAGAAAGAAAUGGGAAGGUGGGUAUUGCAAAUAAUGCCAGGAUCAAUUUGGAAAAACAGACUAUUCAUGGUGAUAGCAUUCAGAAAAAUGAUUUUAUGGAUACAGAAUAUGAGAUAGAUGAUGAUGAAAUAUCAAACAACAUAAAUAGUGAAGAUCAGAAUCUUGCAGAUUGGGACAAGGAAGAAAUAGGAGUAGGAGCUGUUGUGCAAGAUAUUGAGGAUAUUGAUACAAAGAGAACAAACAUCAAACGACCUAGAAAAAGAACUUGGUGUAUCACAAAUGACAAAUAUAUUGUAAAUGAUGACAUUCAUGGCACUGCUGAAGUAGACAGACAAACAAGUAAAGAGAUUCGAUAUCCUAUUAAUGGAAAGCAAUUAGGUAAUGAUUCAAACAGAGUUGAGAAUAGGCGCACCAGGAAAAAGCCAUGGCGUAUUAUGAAUGAUAGACAAAUAGCAAUAAUUGAGGAAGCUCUCCGUGCUGAUCCAGAUCUGCAGAAAAAUCGGGAGGCAUUGCAGUCUUGGACAGAAGAACUUAAGAAAAUAGGUCCAGAAUUCAAGAUUCGCCAGCUUAGGAAGUGGAUAUACAAUAGGAAAGACAAGCUUGCUCGUGAAUCCCGUGCAAACCAUGGAGGACAUGAAUCUCGUACCUCCGAUGGUGAAAGCAUGUUAUUGUAAGGAGAAUUUAUCAUGAUUUUUUUGCUCUUAGUCAUUCUGCUCAUUUAUGGAGACUUUUUUGUCUUGUGUGGCAAAGGUAACUAUGGGGUUUUACACAACUAUGAGGUUUGAAGUCUUACUGAAGUGAGAAUAGUCCUUUAUUUGAGUUGGCGUUCUACAUGAAUUCGGAUAUAAAAAUAAUCUUACUUCAAAAUCUGUCUGUGGCAAUUAAAAAGAGUUUUAAUGCGAAUUGUAUAUCAAAGUUUUCACAUGCACGUAUAAGUGUUUUGAAGGUGAAGCUGUGAAGUAGCAAGAAUAAUGCUUUCGAACACAUGCUUGCUGAGAAAUAAGCAUGCCACAAAAUCUUUUGGUCAGCUACUAAACCCAAAACGACAAUUAGUGUUUUAAGUCUGAAAACAGCUUUGAUUUUGUAAUUGUAAAGCAGAAUCCUUGGGAAAUUAGCAUGCCACAAAAUCUUUUGGUCGGCUACUAAACCCAAAACAAUAAUUAGUGUUUCAAAUCUGAAAACAGCUUGAUUUUAUAAUUGUAAAGCGGCAUCCUUUAGAAGUUUCAUAGUAUUAUACAACUAAAACUUUGUAAAUCAUACUAUGUUAAUUCUUUAAUUCAUUAACUAUUCCAUGAA